AUGUUUUCAUUGCGAAUUUAUCUGUUUUGUAUUGUGCUAAUCUGUGUUGUGAACGAAAUUGUAGCUGAUCAAUAUAAAAUUGUUGAAACACUUGAUGGGAAAGUUCGAGGAAUUCAAAAAUUAACUCUUCUAAAUAACGUCACAUUUCAUUCAUUCAAAGGCAUUCCAUAUGCCAAACAACCGAUUGGUGAUUUAAGAUUCAAGGCACCCGAACCAGCCGAAUCAUGGAGUCCAAUUAUUCGGGAUGCAUUUGAACAUAGUGCAAUUUGUAUACAACCUCGAAUUUACACAGAACCAUUUACAAAAAGUGAAAAUUGUUUAACGUUAAACAUUUAUGUUCCAUCAGUAUUUUCUCAUUAUCAUCACUAUUACUACAAUUUAGAUAAUGUGAAGCCAGGUGAAAAGUUAUCCGUGUUGUUUUUCGUUCAUGGUGGUGGAUUCAUGGAUGGUAGCGGUGAUGAAUACUUUUAUGGUCCGGAUUUUAUUGUUGAAAAAGGUAUCAUAUUGGUGACAAUCAACUACCGAUUGGGACCAUUGGGCUUUUUAUCGUUUGACACACCGGAAUACUCCGGAAAUAUGGGCCUUAAAGAUCAACGGUUAGCAUUGAAGUGGAUUAGUUUAAACAUUGAUCGAUUUGGCGGUGAUUAUAAACGUAUUACAAUCUGCGGUCAAAGUGCUGGUGGUGCGUCAAUCCAUUUUCACAUGCUAUCGACUGAAUCUCGAAAAUAUUUCAAUAAUGCGAUUUCUAUGAGUGGCGUAGUGGAUAAUUAUUGGGCAUUAUCUGAAAGCAACAAUCAUUUAGAAAUCGCUCAUAAAAUAGCCAAUGAUUUUGAUGGACCAAAAAAUAGUACUGACGAAUUGAUAGCAUUUUUAAAAACGAUUCCCGCAGAUGAGUUCAUUUCAUAUAGCCAUCUGAUUACGUCGACACGAUUAAUUGAUAUUCCAUUCAAGCCAAUCAUUGAAAGAAGUGAUGCAAUAGAACCUUUUAUGAUUGAAUCGUUGGAAAUAAUGUAUGAUACAACAACAUUUGACUUUGAUGUAUUGUUCACCAUGGUUUCUAAGGAAUUAUUGGGAUAUCUCUUUCUCUUUCCGCCAUUGAAAAAUCUUCUCGCUGAUUUUAACUUUCCAUUGCCAUUUAGAGGGCUUGAUAUCUCUCCAAAUUCUGAGGAACAUCAUCAAUUAAUGAGCAUUAUUCAAAAAUUCUACUUUGGCGAUGGUGCAACUGAAAAUCAAACCGUAAAUUAUGUUGAUUUGUUAUCUGAUACCAAUUUUGGAUAUGCAAUUGAUAAAAUUGUAAAACUGCAUGCAUCAAAAUCAAGAGGCAAAACGUAUUAUUCUUGUUCGGAAUUGGUUAAUGUGUCGGCCGCAUCUCAUGAGGAUGAAUUAUUCUAUUUAUUCCGACGUGGUCAAGCUCAACCUAUUUUAAGUGAAAUUAUAAACAAUAGCCUUGAUAAAGAGUCAAAAGUAUGUCUUCAAACCAUUGAUUACAUCACGAAAAUUAUUUCGAAUUUUGUUAAAUAUGGUGAACCAUCGUAUCAAAAUGAUCUGAUCAGAAGUUUUCAACCGGUUCAAAAUGGCAGUGUUCAUUUUCUCGAUAUCAACAACGACGGAUUGAAAAUUGGCUUGAGACCGAAUGAAAAAGCAUUCGACUUUUGGGCGUAUAUUGAACAACAAGCGAGACAGAUCUCCACAAAUAUGAAGAAAAAUUAG